CCUUUCCUUGGGUGGAGCGCAAGACAAAGUAGUUUGGGUCCCACGAGCUCCCGUAGCAGGCCGGAAGCGGAGCGGCCAUGGCGCUAAUUUCUGACUCCAUGUCGGAGCGGUCCGUGAAGGUGGCGCUGCUGCUGGCCUUCGCUUCGGGCAUCCUGGUGGGCUGGCAGGCGAACAGAGUGCGGCGGCGUUACCUCGACUGGCGGAAGCGGCGGCUGCAGGACCAGUUGGCCGUCACGCAGAAGAAGCUCGACCUCUCGUGAGCAGGAAUUUCUCUAGGAAUGAAGCAGUGAUAGGAACCCUUAGUAUGCCAACCAAAUCUGAUAUGGUUGUUGCGACAGUUUUAACUGGUGGAUUUUAACAUCAAGAUAAGUGAUUUUAAUGCUUUUGUAUGUGUAUGGUCUGGUAUGUUUCAGCAUUGAAUGUUUGCCAUUUAUAUGUUGUGCUUCGCCCUGUGUCCCCUUCAGGGUGAGAAAUAAAUAAAUAAAUAAUUUUCUAGGCCAACUUCCAACAAAAGCAACAAUAGAAGUCCUAUUAUUUAUUUAUGACAUUUAUAUCCCACCUUUCUCACCCUGAAGGGGACUCAGAGCAGCUUAUAUGAACAUACAAUAUGUUAUAUUAUUAGCAUAUUACUAUAUUGUACUAUACCACUAUACUGUAAUGUUAUUAGUAAUAUUACAUGUAAUAUAAAAUGUAUAAUUACUAUAUUUUUAUUAUUAUUAUAUUGUAUUACAUUAUAAUAUUAUUAAUAUUAUAUAUGUAUACAAUAUAUUAUAUUAUUAGCACAGCACUUAUACUAUACAAUAUAUGGUUUCUCAAGUCGCUCCUGAUACAGAAAAGAAUACCACUAUACUGUUAUAUUAUUAGUAAUAUUACAUGUAAUAUAAAAUAUAUAAUUAUUAUAUUGUAUAAUUAGUAGUAUUAUAUUGUAUUACGUUAUAAUAUUAUUAUUACUAUAUUACUAUAUUGCUGGGGGGAGGGGCUCCCAACCGAUGACCCAGGAGAGAUGGUGGAACUCUGUCUUCCUGGCUCCCCUUCGUCACUCUUCAAAUUAGGGAGUUUCUACAUUGUAGAAUUAAUGCAGUCUGGCUCAGUGCUAUGGAAUGCUGGGAAUUGUAUUUUGCUGAGGAACCAGAACACUCGUAACAGAAAUUUGAGGAAAAUCUCGAAUAAGUGUGUACAAUUGAUUUUCAUUUUGUUUCUUUUUUCCUC